UCUAAUAUACAUUUCAUAACCAGACCAGUCCGCCGGGCUCCAUUUCAUUGAACGAAAACAUUGCCAAAACCUAACUGAAAUGAGGCUGACAAAAACCUUAUGUGCCCAGCACAUUGGCUGGCACUUCAAGAAGCAUUGGCUGGUCCAGGGAAAGCGAGUGCCCAAGGAAACUGGCGCUGCCGCCGAGCUUUUAAAACUGGGGGUUCAGGUGAAGAAUCCAGAGGAUAUAGUGAACGCCAAAGUAGAGAGAAAACUGGUGGACAUUGUUGGCACCCGCGAAAAGACGAUUCCUGAAGAUAGCAGUCACGCCGACUGGCACUCCACCGUUUGCCACUCCUACACCGACAAUAGUGUGCUAAUUGGAGGAUUGCAACAAGCCCAGGUGUUGACUAACUGCAUUGAGAUCCAGACCUUUCCCAAGCAGAUCGAGGAUGCCCUCACCAGCCAGCAGUUGCCCAAUUCCAUAGACAAGAGUAUCCGACAUGCAAUUCUAGCAUCCCACGUGCUCGAUGCAGAGCAAGUGAAGUUGCCCAAGGUGAGAUUAACAGAGCGACCGGCCUUUAACCUACCCCGGUCUUAUGGAAUAUCCCAUGAAAGGGUCAAUCGUUUGCUGGUGAACAAACUCCUGCACGAAACCGAAAAAUUGGCAGGUCGUUCAGUGUCUAUUCGAAGAAAGCUUCUAGACAACGCCGCUUUUAAAAUCUCUCUAAGUAAGGAUGGUGAUCUGCUUGGAUUCUCCAUCAAUGCUGAAAAGGUAGUUUUCGCCAAUCGUGCCAUCGAAGCUGUUAAAGGAAAGUUUGAAGGAGAUUUGCCUGAUCUUUACCCCAUGAAGACUACGAUAUCGAUUCCGAAGCACCACAUUUACCAAACGGAAAACUUAUAUCCUCUGCGCACGGACAUUAGCUGCUCCCAUCCGCACACUAUAUUCACGGUCUUUAACAAACACCUGGUUAAAAAUGCCCAUGGAUCGGAGGUCACAACUUCUCAGCUUCAGGCAAGGACAUUAGUCAAAGCUUUUGUUGUGGCUGCAGCACGAGCCAAACAAUUACACGGAGAUUCUGUAAAGGGUGCUCUUCCCAAGCCUAUUGUCGUGCAAAGUGUCCAGACCGACGGACGAACUUUCCACUUUGGAGUGCUGCAACUGAAUACACUCGAUCUUAGCGCCAAUAGCACUUCGAAGAACUAUUGGUUCCAUAGACAGAACUACGACUUAUUCUCUGAAUGCAUCGACGAUGCUGGAAGAACGCGUUUGGAAAACUACAAUGGGGAUGUCUUCCGCAUAUUUAAUGCAUUUUAUAACAACUCCUAAAAUAUAAAUGCAACUGAAUAAUAAAA